AUGCCGAGCGUGCCCGCUGACAGAGUGUACGUGGACGGUGCCUUGGACAAGUUGCGUGAAGAGGUUGCUCGCGAGAUCCAAAGGUUGGAUGCGCGAUUGAACUCGGUGGUUCUAUCCAACAAUAACUUCAAUAACCCAGUCGACGUCGAGCUGGUCGACCUGGCGUCGGAGGACCCCCGGAACUUCGCGAAGUCCACCGAACUCAACAAAUCCCCUCCGGGUGAGAAAGAUCCGAAUGCAGAUGCCGUUGACAUCACGGCUUCGGGCAGCGCCACGAUGUGCCUGUUCGGACAACAGGAGGAUGCUGUGAAGGUUUCAGCAGUCAAAGCAGCCGAGCCACAGGCGACGGAAUCGCAGGAUUCUGGUGAAGUCAACAUGGUCUGCUUCGAUCGGAAGAGCGCCUGGAGCUUACCCCUGGUUUUGACUUCGCAGUCCAUCUCCGACAGCCUCUUCUCAGUCUUCCUGCUGCUCCUGAACGCCGCGAUGCAGAUCCUCUUCACCAGCAUCCUCCUGUCGCCUUCCUUCCUCGGCCAUGGCUUCGACGAGCAAGUCGAAGGGGCUCGCGUCUGGCGCCGGAGCUCCGCGCACGAUGCGAAGAACAUGGACCUGGCCCAAAGGAGCCUGGCUACGCGGGUCUGCCACGAGGAUGACUCUUUGAUCUUCUCCACAGGCCAGGCUGCACUGGUGGGCGAGAUCAACAGCUUCCUGGGCCUCAGCACGCUGCAGUUCGACGGCUCCACUUUCGAGCCUGGGGUUCUGCUGGCAGUGCUUUGCAUCUUGCUGUGGAACUUGUGCAUCUACCGGGAGUUCCGCAGCAUCUGGUUCGUCUUGCAGGGCAUCUUCCUAAGUUCGGGAGCUUCAGAACGGCCGCCUCCUUCUGGUCGACGUGCUGCCGCCAUGGCCUUCGUGUGUUUGGGCCGUGCAGCCAUUGGUGGUUCACUGCUGGUGGCAGGUAGCCUCUGGCUGGCCGGCACGACGUCCAUCACCGAACUCAUGUUGAACUCAGUGGCGCUCGAGGCCGUGUUGCACGUGGACGAGUUCAUCUUCUCGGGGCUUCUGCCGACGAGGCUUCAGCAGCAGAUUCAGGAGCUUCCUCCCGUGAAGGUGAGGCGCGCACGCCGCUGCCACCGGGCCGAGAACCUGGUGCUCGCGUCCUUGUUGUGUGCAUCGCUGCUGCUGCCUUACGCGCUCCUUCUGCGGCCCCUGUCACAGCAGAUGCUGCUCGCGAAGCGGGAGCUCUGCUUUGGCGACCUGGACUUCGUCACCUCCGUCAACGACGGCCUGUCCCUGGGGUUCGUUACGCGCAGAAUGGAGGAUCAGGCCAACCCAACCAUCAGUGAGAUUGCGGCCUUGGACUUGGCCUUCCGGAACAAAUCUGAUCCUGACAGGGAGCGUCUUGUGUGGUUGGCGGAGGAUCUGACGUGGUUCUCCGAGAGAACACAAGCCACUCUGGAGGAGUAUGCAAGGGAGACUUCCAACUGUUAUUCGGCGGAUGAUAAUGCCGACUACUCAUCAGCCCUUAUUCUCCCGUCCUUUGUGCGGAUGGCAGCAUUCGAGCUCGAACAAGAGAACGUGACGAGCUGUCAGGACAUGGAGCAGUUCUGUGACAGUUUGACACAAGCGGGGACUCUGCUGCGCAUGGCGUGCCCAAGAGUAUGUGGCUGCACAGAUCCCCUGGCGUCGCCUCUGCUGCGCGUGAAGAAGUGGGGCUGCUUCCACGUCUGCAUCCAGGAGGCCUACGGCAUGAGCCUGAACCCGGCUAGCCAGCAGUACUACGCGCCCCCGAGCUCCCCGGUGGCCUGCCGGGAUGCAGCUCCUACUUCGCCCGGCUGGGUGAAGUUCUGGGAUGGGUACUUGGAAGCUGCGUCGGCAUAUGGGGGCUUCGACUACACUGGCCGCAGUGGCCUCAAUCCGGGCCUCGAGCUUUUCAUCGGUUGGGUCAAUUGGGCGAAAGAGGCCGGCUGCCCAGCUUUGCUGGCCAAUCCUGUCGAUGUGUUUAACAUCGAGUGGUGCAGGGGAAAUCCCGCGCUGUUCCGGCCUUUGGCCUGGUUUUGUCCAGAGACGUGCGGUUGCUCUUCUUCGGGGAAUCUCGAACGAGAUCGCUUCUGCUUCGGCUAUGACCACUGCCCCGUGCAUGUGUCGCCAAACGACACGGUCGCAUUUUGGGGGUUGGCUAGCAAGUACGACCUUACCAAAGUCUUGGUCGUACAUUGA